UUGCUUCCACUAGUCUACUCCAUGCCUUGUCUUCACCCUUAAAUAUCCCCCUCCUUUUCAUUUCUCACCAUCAACAUAACAAUCCAAGAAAGAGCUGAUUCACAUUCUAUUGAAUUUCCACCACAACUUUGUUCACUUCUAUACUACGUACUAACUCAAAGUUCAUAGCUUGUAUUGAAAAACUUGCAGAGCCAGCAAAUUAGAAGCAAUCAUGACAACUCUUUCCCUUCCCUCCACCUCAUUUUUACUUCUUGAGUGCCAUGGUCCCAAGAAUUCGACAAAUAGCAGCAGGAUCACUGGAUCAGUAUCAAUGGUACCAGUGGCUAGGUCUCAAUUUCAGCCACAAAGAAGACGUAACCUUGGAACUAGCAAUAGAAAUCCAAGCUUUAGCUGGAUGGCAACAGUUGGAGAGAAAGUGCAGUCCUCCACUGUUCCUACUUCAGUUCCUGUUCGAGUUGCACUUGAAUUACUUCAAGCUGGCCAUCGUUAUCUAGAUGUCAGAACCCCUGAAGAGUUCAGUGAUGGGCAUGCUGCCGGGGCCAUAAACGUUCCUUACAUGUUUAAAAUUGGAUCAGGUAUGACAAAGAACCCUAGCUUCUUGGAGGAAGUGUUAGAACAUUUUGGAAAGGAUGAUGAAAUUAUAGUUGGCUGCCAGCUGGGGAAGAGAUCAUUUAUGGCUGCGAGUGAUCUUCUAGCUGCUGGAUUUACUGGGGUGACUGACAUUGCUGGAGGAUAUGCUGCUUGGACAGAGAAUGGACUUCCGACUGAGUCUUGAAUGUAAAUCAUUAAUAGCCGUUUGUUCACUCACAUAAAAGGGUAUAUUAAUUAAUAAUAAGCACAGUAACACCAUCUUAACAACUGUAACCAGUAGUCCACUUGAUGAAGUCAAUGCCCUUUCAUCACAUCAAAAUGUGGACAAGUGCGGCUGAAGUUAAGAAGCAACUUGCUAAUAGUUUUUGUACAGUAAUUUAUAGGCGAUAUCCGAUGUGGAAAAAUGUGAAGUGCUGAAAAAAAUUGCAAGCAAUAUGUGUAAAUGUUCUCCUAAUUCUGCUGGAAUAAAUAAUAUUGCCUGAAAGGGUUCUCAUC